UGAUAUUUAAAGUCAUCCCUUUUUUGGAAGUCAUAAAUAGAUUUUUAAAGAAAUUAAUUCUGUUUUUCCUUUUUUGCAUAUCCCCUUUAUUUUAUUUACUAAGGUAAGGGACAACGGAGAAUCCUCUAAAGAGAAACUACAGUAGGAAAAACUCUUAACUUUAAAAUGUAGCAUUUCUCUACUGCUAAUGAUAGGUAAUUUUGAAUUUUUAAGUGGUGACAGUGCAAAUUCCUUAUUUAAAGUAAGGUACUAGCUAGUUUGACAUAUCAAAGUGGUAUUUUGAGGUGUCUUCAUAAGAGAAAAUUUUAUAUUGAGAGUUGAUAAUUAGGUCUCUUUACAUGAAAAAAAAGCCUUUUGGGUGGGGUAUUGUUAAAAGUUAAUUAAUACUUGAUAUCUUUAUUUUUUAUCAGUUACUAAACUUAUUCUUAGUGUAAAGUCUAGUACAAAUAAAUAGUGUAGGCUGUAGUUAACAUGAGUUAAUUAUGUGUUUGCUAUGCUCUUUUUUUCACCUUUUGGUAGUUUUACUACUGGUCACUUUUUAAAAGUAGAAAUUUCCAUUAUCAACUAGAUGCCAAUUUAUUUUAUAUGAACAAAUGGGUUUUAAGUUAAAAAAUACUCAUUUUCUUUCAUCUCUGUUUCAAUAAGGGCUUAAAUCCAGAUUGUUAAAGGAAGAUAGAUAUCUUUUGGUUUAACACUACAUUGAAUAUUUCAGGGACUCCAUCUCCUAUGACUUUGAAUGUUUAAAUUGCAUUUGGCACAGUAACUCUUUAAAGUUGUGCUAUCUACCAAGAAUGAUACCCAGAAAUGCAAGGAUUUUUGCCCUUUUAAUGUCCUAGGGAUGGGAAUAUUUCUUUAUUGUAUAUUGAAAUAUAGGAUUAUUGAUGAUCAGUAUUGUGUUUGCAUCAAUAAGUAGAAGAAAAAUCUUAGUAGUUUAUCAAAUUAUUAAUACUAUUUCCCUGUCUGCAGAAAAACUUCAUGGAUUAAGGGAAGGAAAUUUUUGCAUGUGUGUAACUUGCUAUUGUUUUCAAAAGUAAAUUCUUAAUAGAUUCUUAAGAAAUCUUUAGUAUUGCUUGUGUAUAUUUUUUAUUCUCUGGGUAUUUAGGAUUACUUAUUGCUUUUGGUCUUUAUGCAAGGUUAUAUCUACUCAAAACCCAAUGUAAACAUUAAACUCAGAAAAAGGUUUAUUCACAAUAGGAUUCUUUUAUUGAAACUAUUUUCCCUAGUACAUUAAUAUUUAAAUUACUUUCUUAGAUAAUUAGGGAGGGAGAAAACAGUUAAAGCUAAAAUAUUAGAAGAUGCUGUAAUUUUUUAAUGUUACUCAGAAAUUGACAUUUAGUAAAAACUAACAUUUCAGUGCUAAGUUAGUGGGGAAUGUGAUUACAUUGAUAAAAAUUUGAUUGAGUCAAUUUACUAGUAUAAAUAUUGCAUAAAGUUAGGAAUUUUCCAAAGAUAUUUAAAACCAUGGAAUUUUCUUUCUUAAAAUAAAAAUAAAACUUCAUAAAGGCAUGCACUAAAACCUAUGCACUUAACAGACUUCUAUUUUGAAAAAAAGCACCUUAUUUUAUCAAAGUUAGCUUAAAAUCUUUAAAACUAUGAAGGAAAUAGACACACAUUUGCCCCCAAAUCCUAAAAUACUAAGAUAUUUGAGAUAGUAUGAUACAGUGUAUAAUAGAUAGAAUGGUGACCUUGAAACUUGGGAAAUAGAUUAUAAUCCUGACUCAGAGACAUUAGCUGUGUGACCAAUCUAAGGAAAUCACUUAGUCUUUCUCAUCUGUAGUCAACUCAUUAAAAACUGAGUUUAAUAGCAAUAACCUCAAAAACUUGUGAAAGUCAAAUAAGAUAAUUUAUUUAAAGUACUUUGCAAGCCUUAAAGCAUUAUAUACAUGCCCAUUAUUACUGUUAUUAAACUAAAGGGGUAUGUUUUGAAUACUGAAAAAUGUAUUAGGACAAAUAGUACAUUUCUUUCUACUUUAUACCAUGUAUAAUAAAUACUUGGAACCUAUUACUUAAAAUACUUCUGUGAUUUAUCAUUUCCUCAAUAACAGUAAUAUUUUGCUGAUGUAGACUUCCCUCUCUCUUUACCUUUAAUUAGGGUAAUUAGUGUCUGUGACUAAAGAAUGUUAGAAUGUUAUCAGGUAGGAAUAAGUUUUGCUAGACUGGUCCUUGGACAACAAACCUACUAUAUUUUAUUCAGCCUUUUCUUGAAACUUUUCUUCCUUAAUUUAAGCCAGAGAACUUAAGCCUAGCUUCCACAUUUCUUUGUGACAUCUGAGUCACAAUGGGGUAGUAGAGGCUGAAAUUUACUAUGUUGUCUAUAUGAAGUUUCAAGAGGUUGGUUGAUAAAUAAUGGAUUUAUAAUAAGUGUAUUUAAAAGAGUUGGGAGGUGAGCACUAGAUUUGGCUCUGAAAUUGGGCAUAUGAUAUCCAACCUAAGCCCCAGGUUUCCAUCGGAAAAAAUGGGAACAGUAAGACUCAAUAUCACCUAAUUUUCAAAAUUAUGGUGAGGAUCAAAUGAUGUAAUAUGUGUAAAUCAUAAAUGGUUAUAUGACUAUGAACAAUAAAUCCUUCUUUAGAUAUAUGGAAGACAAUCUCAUAAUUAUAUAGUUUAAUAUAUUUAUUAUGUUUUUGUUCACUUUGGCUAUUUGCAAGAUAGUGUUUCUGUUGACUGAUGAAGGAAUCCUUAAUAGAAAAGUUAAUACAGACUUUUAAAUAAGUCACUAGUUACUUAAAAUUACUCUUAGGGUAGCAUUAUGUUGAAAUUUUUGUCUGAAGGAUAUUGGCUUAAUCAGAAAAAGUAAAAAUCAUAUGAAAAAUUUGAAAAAUGUUUUUAAAGACCUGAAUAUAGACAUUUGAUCUUUCCUAUUGCAAAUCUUAUUUAUUUCUCCCAUAUAUGAUCUUGCCCUAGUAUGUCAGAAACCAUUUUUGUUACUUUAGUUACUUUUGCUGAUUUUACUUUUUUUUUUUUGCCCAGAAAUUGCAGGUGCAACAAAUUGCUUUGAAAUAGUGUCCAAAUACUUUUAGUGGGAAGAUGUUAAAGGACAAACUGCAUUUUGAGUUCUAUUUGGGGAUAGGGGAAAACUCUUAAGCCAGAGGGCUUCACUUAGUCAUAAAAUCAACAAAAUUAAUAUUUAUGUAUUUAAAACUUCAGGGAUCAGGCAUUCAACAGUACCUUCUGAGAAAAUCCUGACUAGCAUAUGAAUAUAUGACUUCUGUUGCUUUAAAAUUUCACUGUUGAUCCCUCUAAGUAGUAUUGGCUUUUGCAUAUUUUGUCAAUUUUAGAGAUAGUAUCCACUACAGAAUUUGCAUUGCCUUUUGUUGCCUUUGUUUACCUAACAGUUAUAAUUCAACUUUUAUUUUUAAAUCUGGAGAUUUUCUUAAUGCCAUUUUUGGAACUACUUGUAGAAAUAUAUUUUUAUAUAAGUUACAUUUUUAUAUUCUUUUAAAAAAAUACCUUCCAUCUUAGAAUCAAAUACUAUAUUGGUUCCAAGGCAGAAGAGUGGUAAGGGCCAUCAAUAGGGAUUAAGUGACUUCCCCAGGAUCACACAGCUAGGAAGUCUGUGAGGCCAAAUUUGAACCUAGGACUUCUGGUCUUCAGGCCUGGUUCUCUAUCCACUGAGCCUUAAAACUGCCCCCAUUUUGAUAUUAUUAUUAAAAUUAAUGUUUGUCACAAAUAAAAUUAGUUAUAAUUCACCUCCUACCAAACAGUAACUUGUUUCUGGAAAUUCAGAGAACAUGAUUUCAUUUGAAAUAACUAGGAUUCUCCUAGGCAUAGAAGUGCAAAAUCAGAAAAGUAUUCUCUUUUUUAAAAACACCUAGGAGUUCAAUUCCAAUUUUAUUUCUUUUUCUUCAUAUCCUUACUUUUUUUCACUCUUAAUAUGCAAACUCAUAUUUUCAUAGACAUUAGGCAAAUGAGAGCACUAUUUUUGUCUCUAACCCCAAAAUUUAUUUAAAGCUGAUUAAUUCACUACCUUUAAGAACCCUGCUUUAUUGAGAGCAGCAUUAGUCCCCUUUGGGUACCUUUCACAUUAGCUAGCUAUCUUAAAGUAUAAGCAUGCCUUAGGGUCUCAAUCCUUAACCUUUUCUGUGUUAUGCUUUCCUUCUGGUGAUCAGGAAAUACAUCUAGUAAAAAUUAUGAACCCCUUCUCAGAAAAAUAUUUUUUUAAAAAAUACAUAGGAUUACAAAGGAAACUAAUUACAUUGAAAUCCAAUUAUGAAAAUAUGUUUUUAAAACAUUCAAUGACUCCAAGUUAGGAAUCUGUUCUAAAUGCUACUGUUAGUUGGCUACUUACUGUUACAGUGCCAUUAGUAAUGAUGUAUGAUGGUACAGUUGCUGGAGAGCUGGAGAGCCAAAGUUGAGCAAUGUUUUUUGAAAUGAAAAGAGUUUUACUAUCUUGUUUAGGGCAAAAAUGCCAGUCAUUCAAGUGACAGGUAUAUUGAGAAAAAUUUCAAUUAAAAAAAACUGUUCUAUUUAAGGAAAUGUUUGGAAACUUUGCAGUAUUUUGACAUUUUAAUAAAAUGUAGCUGCGUUUGUUUUUCUUGGUAGUUGGAUUUGAGCCACUGAAAAAUAGUUAUGCUUUGCUUAAGAGAAUCUUAUAUAUAUUCAGAAAUGUACCUUGCAGUGUUUUAUUAUUGUUUUACUGUUAACCUAAGUUCUUAUUUCCUACAUUUUACAGUAUAAAUUUGCUCUAUUAUUUAGAAAAUUGAAGACCUUUUUUAGCCUUCAGAAUGAAAAAUUUGAUUCUAUUAUUAAGCUCAGAUCAGAGCCCAAACUCCGUGAAGUAAAUGUAAACUAGGAAACUGAGAUAAUGAAUGUUUUUGUUUUUUUUAAGAGAGGAACAAUGCUGUUUGUUAUAUGAGCUCUUCAUUGGUAGAAAAUGGGAGCCAGUGUUAAAUUGGACCUAAGGGAUAUGAAUGAAGCUCAGUAUUCUUUUAUUAAAUUUGAGAGCGUCAAAUAACUCUGGAUGCAUCUUUAAUGAUAGCAGCUUACUUCCUUUUUGCCUUUUGUGCCUUUUGCCAUUUGUCUUUUGGUGGGAAAAGACAAAAAUAAUGAAACUUUUAGGGAAGAGAAAGUGGGGGUGUUGGUCUUUUGAGGUUUAGGUGGAGAGGAAGUAGCUUUAGUUGUCACUCUCCUAACCUCAAAGCCUCUUCAAAGCAACAUGGACCGUGUUUCCUUAGACUCAAUGGCCCUUCUAGCUUGGCCAGUAGUAGGGAUAUUAAUAACAGUGGCUUCUCUGCACACAACAGUGCCUCUUUUGGCAAAUGCUCCAUCGUAGAUUAUUUCAGCCUAACAAAUAUAGAUUCUAGUAAUACAAAAGAACAUAAAAAUUAACAUUCCCUUUAUAAAGAGGAGGUUUAUAGUCAGAAGACCAGGCUUCAAGCCUAGUUUUUCCAGUGACUUGAUUGCCUUUGGGCAAUUCUUUGGGUCCCCUGUCUUUAGAGUAAGGAACUUUGAUUUGAUAAUCUCAUUCAUUUUAGAACUCUAAAUCUUGUUAGGAAUAGGAAUUAGACAUGUUAUUUCAAUGGCAACUCACAAGAGUAAACUUAUGAGUGCAGGAUAGCAUCUUUGCAAGUAUGAAGAGGUAGAAUUUGCAUUAAAUUUGUUCUUUCCACUGCCCUCUUACAAAGCAGUUUUGGAUUUCCAUACUGCCUUGAUUGUGAAGCCGUGGAGUGAAUCAAGUGGAUUAUUGAACUGUGCCAAGCCUUUUGCUAUGCCUCUCACCUUUUGCUACAAUUCUAUUUAGUAGUCAAAAUAUGUGUCCUUAGCAAUGAUUCAAGAUCAACUUGUAUCUGAUUUGCAUGACAUAGAUAUUUAAUAUGUUAUAAUGCAAGAUUUUAAAAAAUUUUGUCUUACUAACCCAAGCAGUUAGCACAGUGCACAACACACAAUGCUUGACUUUUUAAAAUUAAAAUUAGAAUUUGUUGUCAAAAUGACCACUUUCUUUCUUAGUAAUCAAAUGUAUUUUAAUUUGAUUCAAGAUUAAUUUUAAUUUGCAAUAAGUAUUAAUGUGGUUGGGGUUUUGUUAGAGAUUUUAGGCAAAUGUUUUCAUGUUUUGACAGAGAAGCUAUUUAAAAUUAAGGAUAUGUUGUUACAGAUUUUAUAAAUACAUGCAACCUCCAUUCUUUAUUAGGUAUAAAACUUACCCCAAAUUGAACUCAUUUUUUCCCUCUACUCCUUACUUUUCUCAUUACUGUAGAAGGUAUUCUUUAUAAGGUAUAAAGACUAAAAAACAUUAAGUAGAACUUGACCAUAGUACUAAUAGAGCUACUUAAAACCAGUGUAAAAGCAUUAUCCAAGUUAAAAUGUAACAAUUUUUGUUAGUGAAAGCAUCAAACCAAAAUUCCAUUGGAGCCUUUGUUUCAAGCCAAGCCAAUUUUUUAGAAUUUUUUGGUUCUGUUAAUGCACCAGAGUGCACAUUAAUAAGAGUAUUUGGUUCCAGUAUCAUUAAGGCUUUGUCUUUUGCUUGUGUUUUGAAACUCUCAAUAAUACAAAUCUAUAGAAAACUUAGAUGUGUUGAACUAUCUUUUGACCUCUAGUUCCUGCCAUUUUGAAGUGCAGCACCAUCUAAUUGUUUAAAUAUUUUUAUCUUUUUGGACUGCUAGAAAAAUGCAUUAUGAUAAGACUUUUUUUCUUCUUGAAAAUGAUGUCACAUUUUUUUUUCAGAUUAUCUGAUUGGUAAGUUAAUAUCCCUGAAUAUAGAACUCCAAAUUAAACAUUCACCACUCAAUACACUUCCUCAUUUUGUUUCUAGUGGAGAAAAAGUUGGGCUCGGAGGAAUGUUCUUUCUUUCCCUGAAACACACCUCUUCCCUGAGAGUCUUUGUCCAUCAAACAUUAAUAUGCACUUUGCUUUCUCAUAUGGUAGGCAAUUUUUCUUAGCUAUAUGUUGUUUCUACUGGAUGUAUAUACUUAUAUAUAUUAUGUGUAUAUAUAUAUGUAAUUUAUAUAUUACCUCUACAUGUAUUAUUUUUUUUAUUAACCUACCUUUCAAAGGUAAUUAGAUUAUGAACUGAUGAUAGGAUCCAUGUCAUAAACUGCCUCCCCACUAGGAGCUAACAGUGCCUUGUACACAUUAGGUGCUAAUUAUUUUAGGAUGGAUAAUAAACUUUACCUAUAUCUGUGAUAUGGAAAUCACUUUUUAAGACUGAUUAUAUUAAUUAUUGGUCACCAAGGAUAUCAUUUAUGAAAAUCCUAAUGAAACACUCAAGUCAGAAUGGAGUUUUAUGGUAAUUUAAUUAUGAGAGUAUUAAAUUAUUAGAGGGAGAGAAGGAAGAGGUUAACUCAACCUCCUGGCAGAGCCAGAGGGAGUUUUAGGCCUUGGAGGGCCAAGGCAAGGAAGGGAGUCAGUCCUUUCACUCAUGUGACCGAUUUGAAGGAAAGCUGUCUGUGGGCCUCCUUCCCAGCUUGAACUCCAGGAUCGAACUGGCGCCUAGCCCUGUCCACAGGAAGUGAGCAAACUCCAGAGGCUGUUCUCUACCUCACUUCCUGUGCCUCACAUGUGCCAAUGGUGGCUCAAGCUUGGCUUAGGACAGACCAGGGGGGCAGUCAGUUGUUUCUGAUUUGUCAUUAGCUAGCACAUGCCUGUGUAGUGUGGGUAUGCACAUUCUUGAGUGCUAGACCAAGCAAGAUGGAGGAAAUUUAAAAAUCACAUAUCCUAUAUUUUUUGGUUAGUGAAAAUGUCAAACUAAAUAUUUUACUCAAAACUGCAAGACAAUUUGCCUUUAGAAUUUUUUGGUUCGAGCUAUUAAUUUCCAUUAAUAUCUCCUGUUAAUUUAUAUUAAUAUCAAUAGAAAUUCUGAUUUUCUUUGUUCUAUUUCUUAGGCAAUAUACACCAUAGUGUACAAUUGCUUCAUUGACUGAAUCUACAGGGAACAAAGCCUAGCAGAGGAUGGAUGGGUAAAAAAUGAAUUAAUUUGACUGGUACAGAUACUAGUAGUGAUUAAUGCUUCACGGUUUACAAAAUGCUUUGUAUACAUUCUUGUUAUUUGAACCUAACAAACAAUACUAUGAGAGAUCUGGUAAAAGAAAAUGGAAUUUUGAGAAGUUAAUUACCUAGUUCAAGUUUACAUAGUUAUAAAAGCAAAUGCUCUAAGUCAGUUGUGUUUACCAAACUACAGAUGCCCCUCUGGCUCACAUAGAAGCAAAAUAUUUUAGAGUUUACAGUGAGAAAUUGUGACAAUGACCUAGAUCAUUAAAAUUAUAAAUAUCACUCCAGUUAUCUUCCUGCUUUCAGUGAUGUUUUUGGACUGAAAUUAUCUGGGAUAUAUAGGCUACUCAGAGAGGUCUAGCACCUCUGUUAUGAGAGCUGGUUGAGCUCUUUUUAGGGCUGCUCAUCCACCUUGUGUCUACCUUUCACCCCACUUACCUGUGGCUCCAAGAAGCUGUAGCAUGGGCAGCCAUGCCCCUGUCAAACUGUCUCUGCAGGAGGGCUAAGCCAGGUCGAGGGUCUAAAAGCCAUUAGUGACUUAGGGGGAUGUCUACCCCAAGCAUAUGAAGACUUCCCCAGUAGAAUGGGCAGGUGAGAACAAUUUGUUCCAGUGGCCAUCAAGGUACCUAAAACAUGCUGUGGAAUGCUUAAAGUCUGGUCAGACAUUGAAGAUGCCAAAGUUGUCUGCUGCAUCCUAGGCUAUCAUCAGUCAUCCUGACUUUUGUCUUGCCACUGGACUUUCAUGACUGGAAGAAAGAGUGAUAUUAAUGACUGUGCAACUCCUCAAGACGUCACCUCAUGUUAUUGGCCCUCUUGGUAAUGAAAACACUAGAUAAAAUACAAGUUUCUUUAGAGCAAUAACUUUUUCAAUUUGUUUUUAUAUCCCUAGUUCCUCAGAGAACUGAAUGUAGUAGGUAUUUUAUAAAUAAUUUUUGGACUAUAUUAGUAUCAUAAAGUUUUUAUUUCACUUUAUAAACAAGCAACUUUCAUAAAGCAGUUUGGGAAUAUUACUCUGAUGUUAAAAUAUUAGGCACAGUUCUGAAAGACUGUAGCAUUUCCAGGGAUUGUGACUUCUUACAACCAGAAACCGUAUAAAAAUCACUCCCUCUAUGCUGCUUCUUUUGGUGAUGUCAUCACUUUUCUAUCAUUUUAAUUACUAUCUCUAUGCUUAUGAUCCUCAAAUCUAUGUGUCCUGCCUUGAUGUCUCUACUAAUCACCAAUUUCCCUUGCAAAUAUCUUGAACUAGAUGUCCAGUAGACCUCCUAAAUUCAGCAUGUCCCAAACUAAACUCACUAUUUUUUCCUGUAUUCCCCCUACCUUCCAACUAAUUUGUUACUAUAGAGGAGACCAUUCUUCAGUUCUUCAAGCUCCUAAGUGUCAUAUUUGACUCACCCCGCCCUCGUCCCACCUCUCCCCAGUAUCCUAUGUGUUGAUUUCAUGUCUGCAAGAUCUCUUUAUGUCCCCUUCUCUGGUGCUGCCUCACUCUAGUGCAAGCCCUCAUCACCUCACACCUGGACUAUUGCAAUAACCUGCUGGUGGAGCUACCGAUCUCGUCUCUCCCCACUCCAUUCUUCAUUCAGACACCAAAAUGGUUUUCUUAAAGUACUGGUCUGAUCACGUCACCUCUGCUCAAUGAACUCCAUAUUAUUUGUCACUAUUAGAAUCAAAUACAAAAUUCUAUUUGGCCCUCAAAGCCCUUCAUAAUUUACUCUGCCCUCCCCCCUCACCAAGCCACCUCUAGUUUUCUUACCAUUUAUUCCUUGCCAUGUACUCUCUGUGUGAGCCUUUGAAUCUUUCCCUUUCCAUUUGGUAUCUACAACUUUCCUUCUCUACUACCUUCAAACAUGGACAUGUUUUUCCCAUUCUUCAAAAAAUAAUUUUCACUAAACCAGCAAUUCUCAAAGUGUUGUUCAGAGAUCCCCAAGACCGUUUCAGGGAGUCUGAGAUCAAAACUGUUUUCAUAAUAAUACCAAGAUAGAGAUAGUGUUGGGACUGGAGCCAGGAAGAUCUGAGUUCAAAUUUGGCUUCAGAUAUGUACUAAUUGUAAGACUCUUGGUAAGUCAUUUAACCUCUGUUUACCUCAGUUUUCACAUCAGUAAGAUGGAGAUAAUAAUAGCACCUACCUCCCAGGGUUGUGAGGAUAAAAUAAAAUAAUAAUUGUAAAGUGCUUACCACAGUACGUGGCACACAGAAAACAUUAGCUAUUAUUAAUAAUAAAAUAAUAUUUUUAAAUAAUAUUUUCCUUCAAUUACAUGAAAAGACAAUUUUAAAAUCUUUAACUUUGCAUCAAAUUUUUACCCUCUCAGGCAGCAAGAAGUCUGAUAUAAAUUUUCCAUGUGUGAUAGUAUAAAAUGUCUUCCCAUAUUAAUCAUCUUGUGAAAGAGAAUGUAAACAAAAGAAAAGCGAAAUAAAGCAAAAUAAGUCUUGAUCUGCAUUCAGAUUCCAUCAGCUCUUUUUCUCUGGAAACAGGUGGCGUUUUUCAUCAUGAGUCUGAGAAUUGUCUUGGAUCACUGUAUUGUUAAGAACAAAUAAUUCAUUCGUAAAUGUUCAUAUAAUAUUUCUGUCACUGUGUACAACAUUCUUCUAGUUCUGUUUACUUCACUUUGCAUCAUUUCUUAUAGGUUAAAGUAAGUAUCAUUAACCCACUGAAUCAAAAGCUCUUGGGGAAAACUUCUCAAUUUUUAAAAGUGUAAAAGGGUCCUGAGACCAAAAAAAGUUUGAGAACUACUAUACUGGGACUUGAUAUCAUCCAUAUUAUAUCUCUCCUCCCUUUCUCAGGCUCAUAGAAAAAAGUUGCUUCAUUUCUCAACCCUUUUAUAAUAUGGCUUCUGACCGUAAUACUUAAAUGAAAUUUGUUUCCCAUUUUUAAAAAAUGAAAACCCUUACCUUCCAUCUUAGAAUCAAGACUGUGUAUUGGUUCCAAGGCAGAAGAGUGGUAAUUGCUAGGCAAUGGGGGUCAAGUGACUUGCCCAGGGUCACACAGCUGGGAAAUGUCUGAUGUCAGAUUUGAACUCCCGUCUUUGGGCCUGGCUCUCAAACCACUGAGCUACCCAGCUGCCCCCUCCCUUUUUUCUAUUUAAAAUUUAUUUUUAUUCUCAACUUAGCAAAUGCCAUAUAAAAUUAGAAUUUCCAUAUACAUCGUUGAACAAGAAAGAAUGACUUUUUGAAACUUAUAAGAAGCUUUUCUUUUUAAUUGUGUAAAAUAAUUUUUAAACAUUAUUUAUUUUAAAUAUUCAUUAAAAUUUUUUCUUAGUAUUAAAUUCUCUCCAUUCAGCCCUCCACCACCUAUUAUCAAGGCAGUCAAUUUGAUAUCAAUUAUACAUGUGAAUUUAUGCAAAACAUGUCCAUAUUAUCCAUGUUGCAAAAAAAGAUAGGAAGGAAGGUAGAAGAGAAAAAGUAUCCUUCAAUCUUCACUCAGAGUUCAUCAGUUCACUCUUUGGAGGAAGUUAGCAUUUUUCAUUAUGAGGUCUUCCAGGAUUGUCUUGGAUCAUUGUAUUGAUCAAAGUAGCCAAACGUUUCACAGUUGAUCAAUACAGUAUCACCAUUACUGGUUAUUAUGUUCUCCUGGUUAGACUCACUUCACUCUGCAUCCUUUCAUAUGUAUUCCCAGAUUUUUUAAAUCCACUCCUCUUAUUCUUAAAAUAUAUUUUUAAUUUCAUUAAAUAUUUUCCAAAUACAUUAAACAUUUUUUCUUUUAAAAAUGCUUUAUUUUGCCAAUUCCACAUUAUAACAAUUUCUACCAUAUUUUCCUAAAUUAUAAGAUCCAAAUGAUCUCUCUCCUUCCCUUCCCUUCAUCUUCUCUAUGAUGUUAAGCAGUUUGAUCUAGAUUAUAUACAUAUGAUCAUGCAAAACAUUUCCAUAUUGGUCAUUGUACAUAACACUUAAAAUUUUAUAUACAUUAUCUUAUUUGACUCUCCCCUUAACCCUGUGAGGUAGUGCCCAUUUUGCAGAUAGUGAAACAGAGGCAGAGAGAUAUAAAAUGAUUUGUCCAGAGACAAAUAGCUAGUGAAUGUCAGAGGCAGAAUUCAAACUCCAAAUCUAACUACCCACUGUACCAUCUACCUGCCUCACCAGUGUGAACCCUUAAUUCAUUCCCUGACUCUGACUUUGAUGCUUCUCUCUCUCUUUCUCUCUCUCUCUCUCUCCCUCCCUCCCUCCCUCCCUUUCUCUGUCUCUGUCUGUCUCUACAUUGAACAUUUUUAACAUUCAUUUUUAAAAACUUCAAUUUCCCUCCCUCCUGUCUCUCCUCCUGUCACUCUGUCAGAAGGCAAACAAUAUGUUGAUUUUAUGCAUGAAGACAUACAAAACAUUUCUAUGUUAGCUAUGUUGCAAGAAAAAUAAAGUGGAAAAGAAUGCACUCGAGAGUUCUCUGCAGGUAGAACCCAGUUUUCAUCAUGUGUCCUUAAAAAUUGCUUUGGCUCAUUGCCCUAAUCAGAAUAAUUAUCUUUCACAGUUUAUCAUUAAAAUAUUGCUAUUAUUCUUGUUCUGUUCACUUCACUUGACAUCAGUUCAUAUAAAAAUUCCUAGGUUUUUCUGAAACCAGCCCCAUUAUCAUUCCUAACAUAAUAGCAUUCCAUUUCAACCAUUUUUUUCAUAUACGUUUUUUUCAACCACUCUCCAAUUGAUAGGCAUCCCCUUAAAUUUCCAAUUCUUUGCUACCACAAAAAGCUGCUAUAAAUAUUUUUGCACAGGUAAGUGAUUUUCCUUUUUUUUUUAAUCCCUUUGGAAUAUAGAGUUAGUUGUAGUAUUGCUGGGUCAAAGGAUUUGCAGUUUUACAGAACUUUGGGCAUAGCAGAUUGCUCUCCAGAAUUGUUAGACCAGUUCAUAAUUUCACCAGUAAUGCAUCAUUGUGGCUUUUUCUUUUCAAUUCCUCACCAACAUCUGUCAUUUUCAGUUUCUGUCACAACCAGUCUGAUAAAUGAGGUACUUCAGAGUUGUUUAAUUUGCAUUUCUAUAAUGAUUUAGAGCAUUUAAAAAAAUCCUUACCUUCUAUCUUAGAAUUGAUACUAGGCAGAAGAAUGUAAUGGACUAGGUAAUUGAAACAUCAUAAACUCAUCCCGAGUUGAUUUAGAAGAAAGAGAGAAGGAAAGGAGGAGGGGAGGAAAAGGGAGGAAGAAAGUAUGUAACAGCCUGAGCUGUUAGUUAUCAAUGACCAGUCAAUAAAAUCCCUUAUUACUAUUUAUUACAAUUGCCCAGAGUCACAUAUCUAGAUUUGAACCCAGAACCUCCCAACCAUAGGCCUGGCUCUCCACUGAACCACCUACAUCAUAUUUUUUUUGUGUGUGUGACUAUAAAUGGGUUAGAUUUCUUCUGAAAUCUGCCUGUUCGUUAUCCAUGGUCCAUUUAUUUCUGAGGAAUGGCCUCUUUUAAAAAACCAAAAACAGACCCGUGAGUCGGCAGUGAGGAAAAAUUGCAGGCAGGUCCGGCUGAAGCUGAGUCUCGGCUUGCCCCACCGCCACUAUGGAGUACCUUAUCGGCAUCCAAGGGUCUGACUACAUUUUGGUGGCCUCCGACUGCGUGGCCGCCAGCAACAUUGUCCAGAUGAGUGUAGGAGAGGCUGGAGACACUGUUCAGUUUGCUGAAUACAUUCAGAAAAACGUACAGCUCUACAAGAUGCGCAAUGGGUAUGAAUUGUCCCCCACAGCAGCAGCUAACUUCACACACCGCAAUCUGGCUUACUACCUCCGGACUCGGACCCCAUACCACGUCAACCUCCUUUUGGCUACCUAUGAUGAACAUGAAGGCCCUGCACUGUACUACAUGGGUUACCUGGCAGCACUGGCCAAAGCUCCAUUUGCAGCCCAUGGUUAUGGUGCCUUUUUGACCCUCAGCAUCCUAGAUCAUUUUUAUAAACCAAGUAUCACACGUGAGGAGGCAGUAGAACUCCUGAAGAAAUGUCUGGAAGAGCUCCAGAAGCGCUUCAUCUUGAACUUGCCUUCCUUCAGCGUCCGGAUCAUCGACAAAGAUGGAAUCCAUGACCUGGACAUCAUCGUCCCUUCAAAGAAGUCCUAACCGCCCCCCACCCCAAAACAUCCCUCCUGCCAAGUUACCUUUUUGUGACAGGCUCUUUCACUAUUGUUUUCUACACUUCUGAAACUCAAUUCUCAGAGAAUUAGGUAGUUCCAAUAAAGCUGGAUAUUGACAAA